CCAAAUCUCUUCUCACACUCCAAUUCCAAAUGUCUUCAAAUCCCAACACUCUCUACCCACAAGUCAUCCAAACCAACACAGAAACCACUUCUUCUUCAUCAUCCUCCUCCUCCUCCUCCAUGUACCCUUCAGCCGACGUGACCCACCUCGCCGAGGACCUCUUCCCGGAAACCGACGCCGCUUCGGAAAAUACCCAAUCCUCUGAAGAGAUCCUGGUCAAGAUUCCGGGCGCGAUCGUCCACCUGAUCCAGAAGGACUACAGCAUCGAACUGGCAUGCGGCGAACUCACCAUCGUCGGUCUCCGGCAAGGCGGCAACGUAGUCGCGGUGCUCGCGCGCGUCGGCGACGAGAUCCAGUGGCCUUUGGCCAAGGACGAAGCCGCUGUCAAGCUCGACCACUCCCACUACUUCUUCAACCUACGCGUUCCGGCGAGUGGGGACAAUGGUGAGAUGGAGCUGCUCAACUAUGGAUUGACGAUUGCGACCAAGGGGCAGGACGGUUUGAUGAAGGAGUUGGACCGGGUUCUGGAGACGUAUAGUUGCUUUUCGGAGCAGAAGAUGGAGGGUUUGGAGCACUGGGAUGUUUUGGAGGGGUGUGCGGCGAGGGAGACUUCGCCGGAGGAUUUAGAUUCUGAAGAGAAGAAGAAACUGAUCGGUGACAGUUCCGCGGCGUACUGGACUACGCUGGCUCCGAAUGUAGAGGAUUACAGCGGGCGCUGUGCGAGGAUGAUUGCUUCGGGUUCGGGUCAGCUGAUUAGGGGGAUCUUGUGGUGUGGGGAUGUGACUGUGGAUAGGCUUAAGUGGGGAAAUGAGUUCUUGAAGAAGAGGAUGGGACCGUGUUCGAGUUCCGAGAUUAGUCCAGAAAGCUUGAAGAGGAUGCAAAGGGUUAAGAGGUUGACGAAGAUGACUGAGAAUUUGGCCUCUGGAAUCCUUUCUGGGGUUAUUAAGGUAUCUGGAUUCUUUACGAGUGCAAUUGUUAACUCGAGAGUGGGCAAGAAAUUUUUUAGCCUUCUUCCUGGAGAAAUUAUCCUGGCUUCCUUGGAUGGAUUCAGUAAGUCUUUUUUAUCUCAACAACUUAUAUUACAAAUACUCAGGAUACACUUUUUUGUGCUUUGUUGACAUGCUUUACAUAUUAUAAGAUGGAUUACUAGUACUCUUUUAUGGGAGUUUUAAAAUAUAAUUGUAGCAUCUCCAAUGCUGCAUGCUAUAGAGGUGUGCCAAUGUCAUCUUAUGAGCCACGUAAUAGUAAUAGCAAAAUUUCAAGAAGCAUGGGUACACGUUACUCCAAUGGUUAUGUGCAUCUGUUGGCAUAACUUCUGGUUUUUAUAACUAGACUUCUUUGAGGUUUGCUAUCAUGCUUUAUGCAUUGAGAAAGGGAUUAUGAGUACUUGUUUUGGAAGUAUUGUUCAGGAACAGCUUUUCGGGUUGCAAUGUUCUAUUUUAGAUUUUAGUAUGAAGAGCUGAAUCUAUUUUGAGUGCAGUUUACAUAAAAAUAAAGGCUUUAAAGAGAUGAAAACAACCAGAAUUGACCCUGCAACCAAGAUAGACAUUGGCAUGCAACUUGUAAUUUAGUGCAGUCCUAGAAACUAGUUUUCACAUGAGUAGAUA